GUGAAGCAUUUUCCCGCGGUUUGGGAGACGGGAGGGGAUGCUUUGAGGAAGGCGGCUACGGUAGUGGCCGGCCUUUUCUGCAGCAGCGUCUAAGGCUCUCGGGGGAACCUCUAUGUGGCUGGAGGCGUCGAACAUGGCGCCGACCAGUCCCUCCCGGAAAAUGGGAACUGGCCCCUCAAGCCAGACGGACGACAGCUCCGAGUCCGCGGGGGAAUCUGAGACUCUCGCCGCCGCCGCCGCCGCCGCCCCCCAGGCUCCUGACAGGCUUUUGUUUGCUGAAACAGACUUUGUUUCCUUAUGUGAUGCUUUACGCAUAACAGACAAUGUGAGAAUAACUGCUUGGAAGGCCUAUGAAAAAAUGGAUAUAGAAACCCAGCUAAAAAAAGAAAUGUGGGGCAUCUGCAUUUUUAUGGCUGCAGUUGACCUGGAUGAGAUGACAUUCACUUUUACAGAACUUCUGAAAUGUUUAAAAAUUAGUGUAUACAAAUUUCUGCACUUGAUUAAAGAAAUAGAUGUUAACAUGGAUACAAUUAGUGCUAAAAUGGACUGUACUAUAUCACGUCUGAAAAUAAAAUAUGAUAUAAUGUUUGCACUGUACCAGAAGUUUACAAGGACUUGUGAAAUUAUCUGCAUUAACAAGCCCAAUGAUCAAACUUGUGCUGAAAUAAGUUCUUGCUUAUUUAUAAAACUCUGUUGGAUCAUGUUUCUUUUAGCAAAAGGAAAAAUACUGCAGAUGGAAGAUGAUUUGGUUAUCUCUUUCCAGCUUCUGCUGUGUGUUUUUGAUUAUUGUACCAGACAAUUACCCCCUGCACUACUUAAAGAACCAUAUAAAUCUGUAAUUGCAGUAUCGUCUCGAACAAGUAGACAAGGUCAGAAUAAAAGUGCAAGAACAUCAAACAUUGAUACAGACAUCAAGGUUAUUGAAGAGCUCUGUAAAGAGUAUGAUUGUAAUUUGGAUGAGGUGAAAAAUGUUUACUUUACUAGCUUUAUUCCAUUUCUGAAUUCAAUGGGCAUUACAACUUUCGGAAGUCUUCAGGAGGUUGAAGAUAUGUCAAGCAAAUAUGAGGAAAUGUAUUUGAAAAACAAGGAUAUUGAUGCUAGAUUAUUUCUAGAGAAAGAUGAGACUUUGCAAUAUGAAAAUGCAGAAUGUUUACAGUUAGAGAGAACUCCUACAAAAAACCAAAUUGAAGAUUCUCCUAUUGUACUUCCACAAACCCCUGUUCGAGCUGCAAUGAAUACUAUUCAGCAGUUAAUGAUAAUAUUGAACUCUGCAAGUGAUACUCCUUCAGACAACCUUCUCUUCUAUUUUAAUAACUGCACAGUUAAUCCUCAUAAAUCAAUAGUGAAAAGAAUAGAAAAUAUGGGUAUUAUCUUCAAGAACAAAUUUGCUGAAGCAGUUGGACAAGGCUGUGCUGAAAUUGGAUCUCAGAGGUACAAAAUUGGAGUAAGAUUAUACUACCGAGUGAUGGAAUCCUUAUUGAAGUCGGAAGAAAAACGUCUGUCAGUUCAUAAUUUCAGCAAACUUUUGAAUAAUGACGUCUUCCACAUCUCUCUGCUGGCUUGUGCUCUUGAGCUAGUCAUGGCUACAUAUGGCACUUCAAGAAAUGCUUCACAGAGCGUGAAUUUAGAGACAGACUUGUCUUUUCCAUGGAUCAUCAACAUCCUGGAUUUGAAAGCCUUUGAAUUAUACAUGAUUGUUGAAAGCUUCAUUAAAGCAGAACCAAGCUUGACCAGAGAGAUGAUAAAACACCUAGAAUGCUGUGAACACAAAAUUAUGGAAUCACUUGCAUGGCAAUCAAAUUCACCAUUAUUUGAACUGAUAAAACAGUCCAAAGACCGAGAGGGGCAGGCUGAUGAGCCCGAACCUGCCCACUAUUUUACUCAGCCUCUUCAACAUAAUCACAGUGCUGCAGAUUUGUACCUCUCUCCUACGAAGUCUCCUAAGAAAAAAGUUUCUUCCACUUUUGUAUAUUCUUCUCCAGAGUCACAGGCUGUGGGAUUAAAUCAGUCUCAGAAACCACAUAAAUCUAUUUCUUUGUCAUAUUUCUAUAAAAAAGUGUAUUGCUUGGCUUAUAGAAGAUUAAAUAACUUAUGUUUGCGUCUUCUGCCUGACCAUCCUGAACUUGAACAUUUGAUAUGGACCCUUUUUCAUCACACACUGCAAAAUGAAUAUGAACUGAUGAAAGACAGACACUUAGACCAGAUUAUGAUGUGUUCCAUGUAUGGCAUAUGUAAGGUGAAGAAUAUUGAUCUCAGGUUUAAAACUAUUGUGACAGCAUACAAGGAACUCAACAAUGCAAAUCAAGAGACAUUCAAGUGUGUUUUGAUCAGGGAAGGACAAUACGAUUCCAUUAUAGUCUUCUACAACAUGGUAUUUAUGCAAAGACUGAAAACUAAUAUUUUGCAAUAUGCUUCCAAUAGGCCUCCAACAUUAACACCCAUUCCUCACAUUCUACAGAGCCCUUAUAAGUUUUCUAAUUCUCCUUUACGUGUUUCUGCUGGAAAUAACAUCUAUGUCUCACCUUUGAAGAAUCCCAGCAAAUUUUCUGAAGGGCUAUUGUCACCCACAAAAAUGACACCCAGAACAAGAAUAUUGGUUUCAAUUGGUGAAUCCUUUGGGAGUUCUGAAAAGUUUCAAAAGAUAAACAAGAUGGUAUGUAACAGUGAUCGUCAUCUCAAACGAAGCUCUGAACUAAGCACCACUCCUAAGCCUUUGAAGAGAUUGCGUUUUGAUAUAGAAGGUCAGGAUGAAGCUGAUGGAAGGGAACAUCUUUCUGGAGAGUCAAAAUUCCAACAAAAGCUUGCAGAAAUGACAUCUACUAGGACUAGAAUUCAAAACCAGAAACUGAAUGAUGGUGCUGAAGUUUCAGACACUGUACAGAAGUGAACUGCUCUUGAGACCCUGGAUCUGCACUGUAGCUUUUAUUUCUACUACAUUGUUUUGCAUAUAUUGCGUAGCUAAUUUAAUUAGUUGAGUUUAAUGUUUUUCAGUGUUUCAUGCUAUGACAUAGCAUAUGUAUUAUCCAUUUAAGUGUUAAUUUAUACAUAUUAGUUUUCAGUAAAAUUGAUUUCCCAGUG